AUGAUGAUACAUCAAGCCGCCCAAGGCGAUACGGCUGAUCUUCAAAAGGAGACUCUAAAGCAAAGAGUGGUGGUGCCUAAGAAGAAUGCCGGUUUAUACGACGUUGUACAAAAGGCUAUGCGCAAGUGUGACUACCCCAACUGCUGCAAAGCUUUCAGGAGGAGUGAGCACCUCAAGCGUCACAAGCAAACGUUCCAUGGAGAGGGCCCCAAUAGAUUUUCUUGCGAGUUCUGCGGGAAAGAUCAGUUUAAUCGCCAAGACAACCUCAACAACCAUCGCAAACUACACGCUCGUCCCAAUAACCGAAAACGCGGAGUUGAGUUCAUCGCUGCUGCGGUACCUGUUAUUGAGCAAGAGGAGCGAAGCCGUAAGAGACGAGCAACUUCCAAGUCAAGAGUUUUCGAUUCGAAUCACAGUAGCUGA